CAUCUUCCAAAGAACGCAUAACUCGUGUCAAUAAUAGAAAACCUCAUAAAUCACAAGAAAAUUAACAUUCAAAACAAAAUGGAUCAACCCAUUUCUACAGAAUUACCACCAACUAACUUUCCAGUGUAUCGCCGUAAUUCAAGCUUCAGUCGUUUAAUCCCAUGUUUAACCGAAACAUGGGGCGAAUUACCCCUUAAAGUCGACGAUUCAGAAGAUAUGGUAAUUUACACUCUAUUAAAAGACGCACUUACUGCCGGAUGGUCACCGUUUAAUUUCACCGCCGACGAAGUCAAACCGGAAAUUUUAACAUCUCCGGCGUUGACCACCGUGUCUCCGCCGUUGACCACGGCGGCUCCGGCGGUUUUACCGGAAGGAAGACAUUAUAGGGGCGUAAGGAAACGGCCGUGGGGGAAGUAUGCGGCGGAGAUUAGGGACCCGGCAAAAAAUGGGGCUAGGGUUUGGUUAGGAACAUUCGAGACUGAUGAAGAAGCUGCGAUAGCUUAUGAUAAAGCGGCUUAUAGAAUGCGCGGUUCGAAGGCUCAUUUGAAUUUCCCGAACCGGAUUGGUUUGAAUGAACCGGAACCGGUUCGAGUUACGGGGAAAAGACGAGCCGGUUCAACAUUGUCUGAACCGGACGGUUCACAGAAACGGAGAAGAAAAGCCGUUGGAUGCCAAGUUGAACAAUUGACAAGUGGACAUCAAUUAUUGGUCAGUUAAAAAUGAGCUAGGAAGAUGAUUGUAUUCAUGUUGAAGAACAUAAAGUCCAAUGAUAUAUUGUGCAGUUUGAUUUUCAUUAUUAUCUCUGUUAACUAUGUUAAAGGAGUGUUGAUUUUACGUAAA